AUGGUGCUGGAGAGCUCGCCGUUCAUGCAGACGUCAUCAUUGCCUGGCCAGGUUUCUGCCGAUCUGGCGGUUACUUUGGAAGAAACUUUUGGGGUUGAGGAGUUAGCCAACCCCAAACGUGACAUUCUCUUAGGCGCACUUCAUGAACGCAUAGACAAGAACAAGAACAGUAAUGUGGGUUUAGACAGAGCUGUAGGAUUGGAACUUGGUGACAAGAAUUGUGAGGUUGGUUUUUAUUGGACAGUUAGCGUGGACAGUAAUAACAAGAACAAUUUUGUUGGGUCAAAUGGAAUUGUUAGUUUCGACAGUGGUAACCAGAACAGUGGCGCUGAUUUUGAUAAUUUUGACAGUAAUAAGAAGAUACUUCAAAGCCACGCAGACAAGAACAGUAAGUCUUGCUUAGAUAGAUUUCCUAGUUUGGGCAGAACUGACAAGAGCAGAACCGUAGAUAGAUUUGCAAACAUCGACAGUAUAAAGACGUGCAGAACCGCUGAUAUAGAUGAAGUUGCCAGUUUGGGCAGUAAUUUUCCAAUUGCCAGUUCUGUAUUGCAUGGGAGCCCACAGCAGGAUACAGAUAUAGGAAAAGACAAUGAUGUGUGUGGUCUAACGCAAAUAUUGCCUGGAAGCAUUCACACGAACCAGCUUCAAACGAUGUCAACAGAAACUUUAAAUGAUUCCCACUCAGGCCUCACUCAUCACGAUUUUAGUAGUCUAGAUGACAUUGAGGCUGACUGCACCGCAGAUCCUGCAUCAGAUUUAAAUACUACAACUCUGUUUGAUUUCUUCGACGGUGCUAUCUCCCCUGAUGCCGCCGUUCUGUCUUCAUCGUUCAGUUCUUCAGAUGAAGAGGAGGGGGUAGAAAGUUUGGAUGUAGACAGACUGUUAAAGGACCCAAGAUGUGUGAAAAGGUUUGAACAAGCGCUGAAACUUGGCUACUCAGAAACUAGCAUAGUCAAAGUCUUGCAGAAACUGAGCCCUGAAUGCGGACUUAAUGAUCUUCUUUCAGGGCUCAUUUCUCUUGACGAUUCGAGCCCUGAUGAUGUGUUUAGUCACAAACCACAAACGAAUGCAGGUCUCGGGGACUGGGAUGUGGCAAAUUAUACCAGUUGGGGUAUGACUCUAUCUAAUUCUGCUGGCGUUUCGGAGAAAAGCAUCAUCAGUCCAGGCAGGAAACACGACAUAUUAAAUGUGGACUGGAGAAAUAAUCUGCACUAUAUUAUUAUCGACGGCAGCAACGUCGCUAUGAGCCAUGGGAAAAACGUCUUCUCGUGCAGGGGGAUACAAAUAGCUGUUGAGUGGUUCCAGGCCAGGGGACAUGAGAACAUCACCGUCUUCAUCCCUCAGUGGAGAAAGGAAGCGUCACGGCCAGAUGCUCUCAUUACAGACCAGGACAUUUUGUACGAACUAGAAAAGCAAGGUAUAGUUGUGUUCACUCCUGCACGCAGGGUGAAAGGUCGCCGAGUGGUUUGCUAUGAUGACCGGUUCAUCCUGAAGCUGGCUGUGGAGACUGAUGGCAUUGUGGUAUCUAACGAUGUGUACCGGGACCUGGUCCGUGAGAGGGAGGAGUUCAGACACGUUGUUGAUCAGAGGCUGUUGAUGUACUCAUUUGUGAAUGACAGGUUCAUGCCACCAGAGGAUCCCCUGGGUCGAAUGGGUCCAACGCUGGAUGACUUUUUAUGCAAGACACCGUUACAACGUCACCCAAAGCCACAAACUUGUCCCUAUGGCAAGAAGUGCACUUAUGGUAACAAAUGCCGCUUCUAUCAUCCAGAACGAGGUUUCGUUCCUCAGAAAUCAAUAACAGAAACUCUGAAAGAACAUGCCCAGCUAAAGCUUCAAGAGAGAGCUUCAAAGAUGCUGAAAGUGGCUGAGAAAGAGAGACGAUAUAAGCAGAAGCUUUCCAGAGCCAAGUCUAUGAUACCUAGUGAAAGCGUACCUGCCCUAUCGUCACCAGCUGAUACAGGUGAGGCAAGGAGAAAACAAGGCAAGCCAAAGCUUGGUCACUCAAAGUCUUUAAUUUUGCCAGAAAAAUCUUCAGAUUAUCUCAAUGAGCCUAGAAAGAAGUUGGAGGAGGCUGAACUUGCAGUAGCUUUAGGCCAGAUGAUCAUUGGUGAUUUAUCUUUUGUAGAGAAAUCAUCAUUGAAUGUCUUUGAUUCUGAUAAUUCUGUCAAACUCUUGGAGUCAAAUCCUUCAAGCGCCGGAGCUUCAACUCGCCAAGAUGAAGCCUCCAUAGAGAACACAUUAGCUUCAGAUGGCCAGUUAACGCCAUCAUCGGUAUUGAAUGUUUCGAAUACAAAGUCUGAGGUUUAUCCAACCCUUCAGAAUAUUGAACCACUAGAAAGUCAAGAAAGAUACGUUAGUGGGCAUUUGCUCUUAGCAAAGAAACUAUCGUAUGAAAACAAAGAAAGCAACUUUUUCUCCGACCAUCUAUUAAACUCUUCCUCUGCGCAGAUAUCAGAUCAGGCUAUUUUUCUGGGCAAAACAAACGAGCAUGUCCAGGGGGAAUUGAGAUCUAGGCAAGAUAUCAAAUUUAGCACCUCUUUAGGUUCUUCGCAAGUAUAUCCUGUUAAUAAACCACAAAGCCAACAAGUAUACAUGCCAGUGAUGGGUCAUUAUCCCGGUUUGGCUCGGAGUAUGAGCACAAAUGCACAUACACAUUCAGCACCCCUAUUCCUCCAACAGAUUGACAGUAGGCUCAGAUCACCUCCCUACAGACACGAAAUCCUCGAUGGGAGGAUGUUUAGCGAUUGCUUGGAUCGACGUUCACCUGACAGUGGCAUCUAUACCUCAGCUGAGGGGGUGCGAACGACAUUUCCAAGCCACACUGAAGGACAUUUUCAGGUCUAUAACAGUUAUCCACCAUUGAACAAUGUACAACCAGCGAUAGCUCAAAAGCUUAUGGGUCUACAUCGGGCUUACAGCUCCACCGACAAUGUGCGAACUGCAGAAGAGUUUCAACGCAAGCUUGCCAUGAGAAGGUCUAGUUCUUCCACAUCUCAGUUUGGUAGUGACCACAUGGCGCCAAACCACCACCCACACCACGGGAUGCUGGCUCAGCUGGCACCUACACCAUGUCAGUUAGGUCAGUCGCCGGGUUUGAGAAGACAGAACAGUAUCUCAGAUCCAGAAAUUCACAGUUCUUCAGGCGGUGGGAAAUUUCCAAAUGGGUUAUCCUCAGUAUACCAAGACACCCAUGCCAAUAACCCUAACAACUAUUAUUCUUCACGAAACCAACAGUUCCCGAAACAGUUCCAGUAUUUCCAUCAGCAAAACUUCCAACAGAGCUAUCAACACGAGCAACACAACAGUCACGAUAUAUUCACUACACAGCAGCAGCACCAACAACAAAUGGAAUCAUCUCAGCCGCCUCCGUUUAUACUGAAGUCUAGAUUGGCGAACUGGGAACAGUCCCUUUCAUCAGCUAACCUAGAUCUAUUUUCGCCAGUGGAAACAGCAACACAGCAUGGCCAGUACAACCCAAACCCCAAUACAAUACAAUCUCCAAACAACUCCCAAAUCCCAUACUUUCCACAGUGUACAGUAACACCAUUAAUACAGGAGACAUCCGGAUCGCAUAUUUACAAUUCUUCAUACAGUCAAAGCAGCGUACCUUAUCCCCAACCAUCCACCGUGUAUAGACCAACUAACAGCUCCUUGUCUGUGGUACCAUCUACGGUACCAUCUUUACAUUCAUAUCCCAUGCUCAUUCAGCAGAACAGCACACCCCAAAACAGCAGCCAAUCAUUACAGCCUGUGGUGAACUGCCAGAUUGUCGAGGAAGAUUCGGAAAUUUUGCCAAACGACCCUCGCUACACAAUUUAUUAUCACCUAAGUAGUGUUUUCGGAGAGCAGAUUGUUAGGAAAGUUUUAAACCUCCACCCUGAUGUUAAAGAUCCAACGCAGAUUUGCCAGCUGCUUAUGAAAUUUAAGGAGAACGGAUGUUAA